AAUCUUCCCCCCCGGUACGACAAGCGCCAUCACCCUCCCCAUUUCUCCACACCCACCACCUCCUUUCUCUCUCUCUAGAUUCUCUGCCUGCGUGCGUCUAUCUAACCAGCUUUACCUCCCCACGAAGUUCCCAUUUACUUUUUCCUUCUUGGGCAAAAAAGCACUUAUUGAUAUCUCUCUCCUUCCAGCCUCUGAAAUCGCUCAUCCAAGACCCUGCUGAGAGGAGUUCCCAGCUCGGUCCUCGUCGCCCCUGCAUUUUAACAUCGGCCGCUCGAUCCGCUGGACUGACAUAAUCUUUAUGUUACUUGCUCGCACAUGAAGAUGAAGGAGAUUGUGUACCAGGAGGAGUACAUAGAGAACGCCAGAGGGGUUCAGCUCUUCACCUGUGGCUGGUGGCUAUGCUCGUCCUCCCCGAAAGCACUGGUUUUCAUUUGCCACGGUUAUGGCAUGGAGUGCAGUGGCUUCAUGAGAGAAUGCGGAACGAGAUUGGCCAGAGCAGGAUACGGGGUGUUCGGGAUCGACUAUGAGGGUCAUGGCCGUUCCAUGGGAGCCCGAUGUUACAUCAAGAAGUUUGAGAACAUAGUCAAUGACUGCGACGAUUUCUUCAAGUCCGUUUGCGCUCAAGAUGAGUACAGAGGCAAGAGCAGGUUCCUGUAUGGAGAGUCCAUGGGAGGAGCCGUCGCGCUGCUUCUACACAAGAAAGACCCCGCCUUUUGGACCGGCGCCCUUCUUGUGGCACCUAUGUGCAAGAUAUCAGAGAAGGUGAAGCCGCACCCAGUGGUAGUGAACCUGCUCACGAGGGUGGAAGAGAUAAUCCCGAAAUGGAAGAUAGUCCCAACAAAGGAUGUCAUCGAUUCCGCCUUCAAGGACCCUAUCAAGCGAGAACAGGUGAGAAGCAACAAGUUGAUAUAUCAAGACAAGCCACGGCUGAAAACAGCAUUGGAGAUGCUCAGAGCCAGCAUGAGACUUGAAGACACCUUACAUGAGGUGACUCUGCCGUUCUUCGUGCUGCAUGGGGAAGCGGACGUGGUGACGGACCCGGAAGUGAGCAAGGCCUUGUACGAGCAGGCCAGCAGCAGGGACAAGACCAUCCGGCUCUACCCGGGCAUGUGGCACGGCCUCACCUCCGGCGAGCCCGAUGACAACAUCGACAUCGUCUUCUCCGACAUCAUCGCCUGGCUCGACAGGCGCUGCAACACGGACACCGACAUGGAUUCCUUCCCUGCAAAGCCCGUCCUUCCAUCGAGCAACAACGGCUUCAUCGAGAGAUUCGUGACAUCCUCGCCGGCAGCAGCUGUGAUGAUGAAUGGCAAGCAGAGGCAGCGGAACAGGAGUUACUUGUGCGGAUUGAAGGGACGGCGCUCGUUCCAGCACUCCGCCAUGUGAUCUUGGUCCGAAACUCCGGUGCUCGGACAGAGAGACUUGCAAAGAUGUUCACAGAAAUGUUUUUCGUGCGAAACCCGAUCCGGCUUCUCCAGAUGCGACUCAACUUUCGUUGGUGAUGUUAACGAAUAAUUGAGGUUGUAUGAUCUUGAUGAAAACUUGGAAAGCUUUCUAUCGGGUCAUCGGUGAAGUAGCAUGAAUUCUUCGUAACUGAUUGAGUUUACACAUAAUUUCCAAAGUUUGACCCAUGUGACAUUUCCUUACAA